AAACAGGGAGAAAUGAACCCAAGUAUGAAAAUUCAAAAGGAAAAAUAGCGAAAGCCAGAAGAAAUGAACCAAAAUAUUACGAUUACGCCACCGAACAAAACCGACCCUCUUCUACUCUUUCUCUCUCCGACAUGCGCAGUCUAGAGAGAGAAACUUUAAAGUCUAGAGAGAGAAAGCAGACCGUCCUGCCAGAAAUGGUGCUUUCUAGGGUUUUGUAGGAAAAAAAGGUUUCUUCUGAUUAUCGAUGGAAAUGCCUGGUAAAAGAUCGAACUACUCUCUCCUCAGUCAGUUUCCCGACGACCAGUUCGUCGGCGGAGCGGCCGGAAAUCAGCCUCCCUUAUACGAGUCCCUUUCUGGGGAGAAGAGCAAAGGGAAAGGCUUUGAUUGGGAUGGUGGUGAUCUUAGGAACCGGAUCGGGAACUUGUUCACUACGUCGAUCGGGUUGCAGCGGCAGUCCAGCGGCAGUAGCUUCGGCGAAAGCACUCUGUCGGGGGAGUAUUACGUGCCGACGAUGUCGAUGGCGGCGUCGAGCGACUUCGAUGCGUUUGGGGAUGUGUUUAAGGUUGGUGGUGGCGGAGGCGCAGAAUUGAGGGCCAAGGCAGUGACCGGGACUGGGGACUCGUCGUCGUCCAAGAGUUGGGCACAGCAGACGGAGGAGAGUUACCAAUUGCAGUUGGCGUUGGCGCUUCGGCUUUCGUCGGAGGCCACCUGUGCUGAUGAUCCCAAUUUCUUGGAUCCAGUGCCAGACGACUCGGCGUCCAGGUCGUUAUCGUCGUCCGGGAGUUCGGUCGAGGCUAUGUCUCAUCGAUUCUGGGUGAGUGGCUGCCUAUCAUAUUUCGACAAAGUUCCUGAUGGAUUUUACCUAAUUCACGGGAUGGAUCCAUAUGUGUGGACUGUAUGCAAUGAUUUGAGAGAAAAUGGUCGUAUUCCUUCCAUUGAAUCACUAAAGCAUGCUGAGCCUAGUGCUGAUUCUCCAAUUGAAGUUGUUUUGAUUGAUCGACGUACUGAUCCCACUUUGAAGGAAUUACAAAAUAAGGUUCAUGGUAUUUCUUGUAGUUGCAUGACCACAAAAGAGGUGGUUGAUCAGCUUGCAAAGCUUGUCUGCAAUUGCAUGGGGGGUGCAGCUUCCACUGGAGAAGAUGACUUUGUUUCCAUCUGGCGGGAGUGCAGUGAUGAUCAAAAGGAUUGUUUAGGAUCUAUUGUGGUUCCGAUUGGUAGCCUGUCCUUUGGUCUCUGCAGACAUCGUGCUUUACUGUUCAAAGUGCUGGCUGACACAAUAGAUUUGCGAUGUCGGAUAGCCAAGGGCUGCAAAUAUUGUACAAGAGAUGAUGCUUCCUCCUGUCUUGUUCGGGUUGGGCCUGACAGGGAGUUUCUAGUUGAUUUGGUUGGCAAGCCAGGGUGCUUAUGCGAGCCUGAUUCUUUGCUCAAUGGUCCAGCUUCCAUCUCAAUUUCUUCCCCAUUGCGCUUUCCACGUUCCAAACCAGUUGAAACUAACAUUGAUUUCAGGUCACUGGCUAAGCAGUAUUUCUCAGAAUGCCAAUCCCUUAAUCUUGUUUUUGAAGACACUUCAGUGGGUGUCAUUGUUGAUGAAGCUGAUGGAGGAGAUUCCAUGUAUCCUAAAAAAUUUGAUAGGAAGUGCACAGAUAGAACCCACCUUGUGCCCAUUUCAAGAAACAGAGGUGAAACUCCACAGUUGCCUAUGCCCCCAAAAGUUGCUUGGCCAAGUGCCCAUGAUCAAGAUUCCCAACUGUUUAAAUCAUGCAACCCUUAUCAGAGCAGUAUAAGUCCAACAGAUGCAGUCAAAGAUCCUAUCCCACCAAAGCGUAUCCCACUAACUGGGCAUGGGGAUGUUCAACCAUCUUUAGCCUUGUCUGAUUUGAGAGGGGAUACAAUAAAAGAUAUGAGGUUCACUGAUGGAGGCCAAUUAUAUCCAAAUAAACCAUGCAAGGAACUUUCCCUUGAUGUGGAGGAUUUGGAUAUUCCAUGGAGUGACCUUGUUUUAAAAGAGAGAAUUGGAGCAGGUUCUUUUGGGACUGUUCAUCGUGCUGAUUGGAAUGGAUCGGAUGUUGCUGUAAAGGUUCUAAUGGAACAAGAUUUCCAUGCAGAACGUUUCAAGGAAUUUUUGAGGGAGGUUUCUAUAAUGAAACGCCUGCGGCAUCCGAAUAUCGUUCUUUUUAUGGGUGCAGUUACGCAGCCCCCAAAUUUGUCCAUAGUUACAGAAUAUUUAUCAAGAGGUAGCUUAUAUAGGCUUUUGCACAAACCUGGUGCAAGAGAAAUGUUAGAUGAGAGGCGUCGAUUGAGUAUGGCUUAUGAUGUGGCCAAGGGCAUGAAUUAUCUUCAUAAACGCAAUCCUCCCAUUGUUCAUCGAGAUUUGAAGUCUCCAAACCUUUUGGUUGACAAAAAAUACACCGUGAAGGUUUGUGAUUUUGGUCUUUCACGGUUCAAGGCAAAUACAUUUCUUUCAUCCAAAUCGGCGGCAGGGACGCCUGAGUGGAUGGCACCAGAAGUUCUUCGGGAUGAGGCAUCAAAUGAAAAGUCAGACAUAUAUAGCUUUGGUAUAAUCUUGUGGGAACUUGCAACAUUGCAACAACCUUGGAGUAAUUUAAAUCCAGCACAGGUUGUAGCAGCUGUUGGUUUUAAGGGCAAAAGGCUUGAGAUCCCACGUGAUUUAAAUCCUCAAGUGGCUUCCAUAAUUGAAGCAUGUUGGGCAAAUGAGCCUUGGAAGCGCCCUUCCUUUUUCAACAUCAUGGAAUCCUUGAAGCCACUGAUUAAACCUCCCACGCCUCAGCCAGUUCGUGCAGAUAGACCACUGCUUACCUGAAGGGUGCAUCACCUAAGAAGCCUUUUUUGUGCACAUAUAUUGACAUUCUUUUGAUGAUCUGAUGUCUGACAGCGAUUCGUGCUGUUGAGAUAAUCUCAGUUAGAUCAAUAUAAUAGCAACAUAUUUCCAGAUUACAAUGCAAGAUGCUGCUGCCCUAAGAAAUCACUUCUGCUCCUGCUCCUAUCUUCUUUCUAUGCCUGGGUGGCUUACUGGGUACUUUGCUAGAUUUGAGAAAAUAUCUCAUGGAAUCAAGCCAUUGGAUGCAUGCUGACAUAUAGACAGACAUGCAUGUAGGGAUUGCAUUUCCCCCAGUUUCUGUGAACCUGAAUGCCCUUGAUUUUAUUUUAUUUUAUUUAUGUGACAUAAUCUGUGAUGGCAUUUUGCUAUUUUUAGACCCCAACUCUUCGACACGACAUACACGCCUUCGUCUUUUUCCUGAAUUUCUCUGGUUUUGCUACAAUAUGUUUAAUCAAAUGUCCAAAUUCCAAAUCGUCUCCUGACAACAAACCCGUGCUCCCUUAUCCCUACAGCACCAAAAUUCCAAUUUCCUUUAUUAUUGUUUUGUUCUUGGUCAUUGCUCAGAAUUUUCAUAAUUUUAAUUUCCCCAGCACAGUUCUAUACUUGACAAUAGUGUCAUCUCUAUAAAAUUGAUGGUAGUUUGUCACAAGCUUGAUUGACUUGCUGCUGAUAUCUCUGUUCUACAACUCUAUAUUAUAUACGUGGAUAGAUUUGGUGUGUUAAUAUUGUCUUGACAAACAUGAAUCACAUGUGGGAAUGUUGGGGGAGUAGGUACUGUGACACUGUAUUUUCUGUUCAAGUCUAAGACAUUGUUUCUCCUGUUGGUUAAUUUCUUGAAGUUGUUAAAAAUUCUGACACUGUUUUAUGUAAUUGGUUGCAGAGUCAUUGUUGUACAUUUUUCUGUUCUCAUUGUCAACUGAGCAUACUAAUUCUUAACGCAAGUCAAAGGAAUUGCAACUGCA